CACACAUUUUGCCCACUGGCGACUGCAUGCAGAUAUGAUACCUAACCUGAAUGUUUAGUCUAUUCGUCUAUCAAUGAGAAGAGGACAUCUCUGAAGCCCGGGAUGGAAUACAUUUCAACAGCAGUGAAAGUUCUCUUUCUUUUCUUUUUCCACCUCGGACUGUAUCUUGUUCAAAGCAAAAGUCUGGAGUGGAGCGACGUGUCACGCGGUUUUUCAUCUCAGUAUUUACACCAAACGAGAGGCGGAGUACGGAAGAGAAACAAACUAAACGGAAACCAAUAAUUAUCUAGGAGGGCUGUUUUUCAUCCGUUAUUCCACACCUAUUGCGCAUCGAUGUGGAUAAUACUUUCUCUACACUACAGACGACUCACUAGGAACCAGUUGUUAGGGGUUAGUACGAAACUAUCUAUAUAAAAGCAAAGAAAGAUAGGAACAGAUAGAUCAAAGUGUAAUUUAUCAUGCAUAUGAGAAUGACUUAUAAACUGUCAGGUGGAUGGACCGCAACUUCAUAUCAGGAAAGUAGCCACUUUCGCAUCACAAAUAUAUAUGGCUAUCAUUUGUAAGACUAAGACAAAGGUUAUUAGCUGUGAGAUGGCGUGGUCAGUACACUGGGGCCUCCUCCUGCUCUGCAUAGUGAUCCUCUACUGCCAACCAGUGUCCACCGGCAACUACAGCUCCCGGGGGCAGUCAGGUUCGUCACAGGUAAAGACAGGUACCUGUGAAGUAGUGGCUGCCCAUCGCUGCUGCAAUAAGAACAAGAUUGAGGAGCGCUCUCAAACAGUCAAGUGUUCCUGCUUCCCUGGUCAGGUCGCCGGGACAACAAGGGCAAUGCCCUCUUGUGUUGAAGCAUCCAUCGUGCGUCAGAAGUGGUGGUGUCAGAUGCAGCCCUGUCUGGAGGGAGAGGAGUGUAAAGUACUGCCGGAUCUCACUGGCUGGUCCUGCAGCUCUGGAAACAAAGUCAAGACCACCAAGGUGGCGCGGUAGCAAAAAAAAACAUCUCAGCCAAUCGACUGAGACCCUGAAUGUGCCACGGCCUGGCCAGUUGCCAAUCACACACAUUUUUUGCUUUGAAAAAAAGUGAAGAUCUGCUUCAGUCCCCAGAAUAUAAUGAGGAAUACAAUAGCAAAUGAGCAGCCCUAUCAAAUGAGUAGAGUGACUGAUGUGAACUCAAGAGGAACGCCUAUGUCAUACAGUACUCAUCCUUACUUCCCUGACUGUGUCCUCUGAGAGACAGAGAUGGGUUUAGCCAUGGCAGCCAGCUCCUACCUGAGACUAACGGGCAGAUAAAAAAUAUAGCUUGGCAAGUCUUUCAAUGGGAUUCCAUAAUGUGUUCUGUCAGCGGGACAUUGUCUUUCUGUGACAGAUAAAUGCUGAGCUGGGAAUUGCUGUAUGCAUUCAGGCUAAGUUUUGGAUGAGCCACACGCAGAGACACAACUGGACAAUGUUUCAAUAAAUAGACUGUGAACUUGGACCAAUGGCUUUAUGGAGAGAGACUCUUGCCUAGACUGUCUCAUUAAGCAAUGUGCCCUGCUAGUGACAAGUGGAAGCGCCUUCGAUUUGGGAAUUCUUAUUGAUACAAUAUGUGUAGAGAUUCAGCCACACACACACACACACACACACACACACACACACACACACACACACGUGCACAGAGAGCUUUUCAUCUCACCCAGUUAGACAAGCCACCACCUGCAAGGAUGCGAUGGCAUGCAAAUAGACAGAUGCAAAACAACGGCUGUUUGAAAUGCAAAUCACGAGGAGAGGAGGAGGGAGGAUAGAAGCUUCUUCACUGCCGAGAGUAUUUACAUCACGCUUUAGUUUGUCUUUCCAACUCCCGUCUCCCAUGGAGAGGACCUCUGUAAUAGCUAUGAUGUGAAAUGGUGCAGAAAUGUCUGUGCCUUCAAGCAAAUUGUGUCUACAAGCAAAAUAGAACAUUCAUUCUAAUGUCAUUUACCAUUCUUACUUUCUGUCUUCUCAACACUUUUGUACAUCUGCGUAUACUCAUAAUAAUUGUCAUUCUUUUGUUCAUUCUUAAAGUAAUUUCAGAAUUCAGGAGCGAAGUUUUUACAUUUUACCACUACGUUGUCGAGUUGUUUUGAUGAUACAGCGCUUCAAUGAUACAGUAAACCAAUUUCUUCCUAAAGCAACAUCACAUCAUGACAACCCAUCAGAACAUGACAGACAGCCAUUUAUGAGUAAAACUCAACACAAAGAGUUGUUUGUUCACAGGUUGGCAUUUAUUGUAAGAAUUGUUGCCCUGGAGGUAACUCUGCAAAGUGGUCACUAGCCGACACAGCCACAAAGUUUUUAAAAAAUCUGUUUUUAAACAUAACCUUAGCCCUAACCUUAACCACACUGCCUACCGUAAUGCCUAACCCUAACCUUAAAUUAAGAUAAAAAAGCAUAUUUUUAGUUUUCAUGAAUUCUUACGAUAUCGACAAUUUGAUUUUGCGGCCGGCCCAUCUAGUGGAAAUCUCUCAGUUCUGACUACAGGGCAAGAUUCAUGACAAUAAACGUCAACCUGCUUGUUUGCUCACCACUACCCAAAUCAUUACCUUGUAAAAUUAUUUGGCAUUUACAUCUUCUUAACUGUCACAAAUGGUCAUGUGUAAUGUCAUGUUUGUGACAGAAUCAUUAAUGCUAGUGUAUAUGAUGUCUAACCUAACCUACAGAGAUUCAGGGGAGAGGGGUUUGAGAUUUGUUUUUACAUUCAGCAUCACCUCGUCAAGGGAAAUAUAGUAUUAUUUCUAAGAUAUCUACAUAUAUUUCAGGAUGUUGUGUAUCCCUGGAAAUAAUCAGAAUUAAUGUAAACAUUACAGUUUUGAAAACAUAGCUUGUCCAAAAAAAGUGUUCUCUUGGCAUAACUUACCCCGUUUGUGGUUUAAAUUGAGCUGCGGGACAGGGUAGGUUAAGUUGAGCCGCGGGACAGGGUAGGUUAAGUUGAGCUGCGGGACAGGGUAGGUUAAGUUGAGCCGCGGGA